UACAGCGAGGGAGAGCCGAAGUGUUCAGAAGGAGAGCCGCUCCAGUUUGAUUGGAGGAAGUUUUUACAUCAACAAAGAAAGAUGGCCGAAGUGAUAGAGUUGCAGAAACUGAAGCUUGCUGAGCUGAGGCAGGAGUGUGAGGCCCGAGGUCUGGACACCAAGGGAAACAAAGGAGAGCUCAUCGCUCGACUGCAAUCCUAUCUGGAUGAGCACGAGGACGAUGUGGACGUGGAUGACGUGCUGGCAGAGGAUACAGAGGACUUCAAUAAAGUUGAAGAUGCCAACAAUGUAAAAGACGAGAAGAUUUCCGAGUCUACUGAGGAUGAGCCACCUGCUGAUAAGAAGGUGGUGAAAAUAGCUCCUCCAUCAUCUUCCGGUGAAAGACUACAGAAGAGGGCAGAACGUUUCAACAUGCCUGCAACAGCUGAAAGCAAAAAGGCCAUACGUGCAGCAAGGUUUGGUGAAUCCACCGAGAACACCAGUCCCGCUGCAGGUGUUGUUGCGAACAAUAAAGCUCCUGUGAACGUUGAUCAGCUGAAGAAGAGAGCAGAACGAUUUGGCAUAAACGUUUCUUCCGUUUCACAAAAGAUUGAAGAGGAUGAAAAGCUGAAGAAGAGAAAGGAGAGAUUUGGGGUCUCAGCAGGCGCCACUGCCGGUGCCGCGGCAGGUUCAGCUGAGGUUGAGGCAAAGAAAAUGAAGCGUGCUGAACGAUUUGGAAAAGAGUGAAUACUGUUUUAGAGACUUUCUUUUUCUUUUCUUUUUUGUAAAGCAUUUUCAUUACUGCACACAGAAAUCCCUGAAGAUGACACAUGUCACUAAUAGGAUUCAUGUAAAUCAAAGGUAUAAUUAAAUGCUAAGAUACAUUUGUGAGUUGUAACAUUAAAUGGUUUUGGAAAAGAAUUAUUAAAAAAGCUCUAAAUUAUUUACUCAAUGUCAGUGGAUAAUGUAAAUUAGAAAAACUUUAGUUUUAAUUUAGGAAUUAGAGGUGUUUAUAAAAUGCAUGGUAAGUAGCAUGUGUGUAACAGGGGCUUUGUUUUUCCCCUCUACUAAAUGCUCUUCACUGUUUUCUGAGCUGCAAUGAAGUCCAUUUAUCAGCUGCUUCACAGUAAAGGCCUUCCAGCUGUUUAGGAUAAUUAGUUAUCCAUGGGUCAGGUGACUCUUUACAGUAUAAUCUUAAAUCGUGGUGCAUUAAACCACUCAAAAUGUCGCACGUUGAAAGCAGGGACUGCAUUUACUGUGAAGCAGCUGUCGGAAGCAGUCUGAAGAUCUGUGCUUGAUAAAAGAUUUCUUAAAUCUAGAUUGAAACAUUGGAGACUUUUUUUGUGAGCUUGUUACUUUAAAUUGACUUACAGUUGUGGCAAAGCAUUGUAAAGACGAGCAGGUCAGAUACUAAAAUCAAACUAACAGUAUGCAGGAGCUGAAAACCAUCCUGGUGUCUAAACAUCCUCAUUAUUAUACAAGCAGCAAAAAAAA